CCCGGCUUCGUCAUCAGCGCAGGCCGGCUAGUUGGCAGUGCUGGAGGCUGUGUGCCCGUAGUAUGGUAAGUGAGGAAAUAACAGCUGUGUGUCAGUGUGCUCGAUGUUCGGCUCCGCUCGCUGCUCACACCCGUUCUUGGCUCUCGUAGGCCCGGCGGAGAGGCUGAAAGGCUGCGGGUUGUGAUAGCGUUCCGUGGAGCCACGUCCCGGGUCUGAACACCAGAUGAGGUUAUAGAGGUGUGGAGUUCGGGAGCCAUGGAGGAGAAGUACAGCAGCAAUGUGAUGAGUAGCAGCAGGCUGGGGCCGGUGGGAGCCCCGGAGUCCAGGUUGACGAGAUACAUCGUACUUCUCUGCUUUACCAAGUUCCUAAAAGCUAUUGGGAUCUUUGAGUCGUAUGACCUCCUAAAAGUCGUUCACAUUGUACAGUUCAUUUUUAUAUUAAAACUCGGGUCUGCAUUUUUUAUGGUUUUGUUUCAAAAGCCGUUUUCCUCUGGAAAGGCCAUUACAAGGCGCCAGUGGAUCAGUAUUGUAAAACAUGCCCUGGUUAGCUGCAUUAUCUCACUCCUCUGGUUCUUUGGCCUCACACUUUGUGGACCUCUAAGGACCUGCUUGCUUUUUGAGCAUAGUGAUAUUGUUAUAGUUUCUUUGCUUACUGUCCUCUUCACCGGAUCCGGCGGAGGACCCUCAAAGACUCGAGGAGCAGCGUUUUUCAUCAUUGCCGUUAUCUGUCUGUUGCUGUUUGAUAAUGAUGAUCUAAUGGCCAAAAUUGCUGAACACCCCGAAGGACAUCAUGACAGUGCUUUAACCCACUUCUUAUACACAGCCUUCUCACUCUUGGGAGUCGCAGACCACAAGGGAGGAGUACUGUUGCUUGUGUUGGCUUUAUGUUUCAAUGUUGGUUUUCAUACAGCUUCCAGGAAGCUCUCUUUAGAUAUUGGUGGAGCCAAGCGACUUCAGGCUUUGUCUCACCUUGUCUCUGUCAUAAUACUGUGCCCGUGGGUCAUCGUUCUUACUGCGACUACUGAGAGUAAAGUAGAGUCCUGGUCGUCUCUGGUAAUGCCUUUUAUUACUGUUAUUUUCUUCGUCAUGAUCCUGGAUUUCUACGUGGAAUCUGUCUGCUCAGUAAAGAUGGAGCCAUCUAUGCGUGCUCGGUAUGGAUCCUUCCUUAUUUUCAUUAGUGCUCUCCUGUUGGGAAACUUCUGGACCCAUCCAAUAACAGAUCAGCUCCGAGCGAUGAAUAAGCCUGCGCACCAGCAGAGCACUGAACACGUGCUGUCGGGAGGCGUAGUCGUGAGCUCCGUUUUCUUCAUAUUGUCUGCAAACAUCCUGUCAUCAUCUUCCAGGAAGGGUCAGAAGGGGACCUUGGUGGGUUACUCACCUGAAGGUACCCCGCUGUAUAACUUCAUGGGUGAUGCCUUGCACAGCACCUCCCCCUCAAUGCCCAGGUUUAUUAAGGAUUCCCUGAAACAAAUCCUUGCAGAAUAUGACUCUAGACAGAUCUUCUACUUCUUGUGCCUGAAUCUGGCCUUCACGUUUGUAGAAAUUUUCUAUGGUGUGUGGACAAAUAGUCUCGGUUUAUUGUCCGACGGCUUCCACAUGUUGUUUGACUGUUCUGCACUGGUGAUGGGACUUAUUGCUGCACUAAUGACUCGAUGGAAGGCGACGCGCAUAUUCUCUUAUGGGUAUGGACGAGUCGAAAUUCUUUCUGGAUUUAUCAAUGGACUUUUUUUGAUGGUGAUCUCUUUUUUUGUGUUCAUUGAAGCUGUGGCCAGAAUAUUUGACCCUCCAGAUAUCAAUACAGAUAUGUUAACACCAGUUUCAGUUGGAGGACUUCUAGUGAACCUGGUUGGAAUUUGUGCCUUUAGCCAUGCCCACUCUCACGGGGCUUCUCGAGGAGGCUGUCCAUCUCAUGAACACGGACAUUCUCAUCAUGGCCACGGACACAGCCAUGGACAUGGCCACGGACACUCGCACAGUGACCAUGGACACACGCACAACCAUAACCAUGGACACUCUCAUGGGUCUUCAGGAGGAGGCAUGAAUGCCAAUAUGAGAGGUGUCUUCUUACACGUGCUGGCAGACACUCUCGGGAGUGUGGGAGUCAUUGUAUCCACUAUACUGAUUAAACAGUUUGGCUGGCUGAUCGCUGACCCUCUGUGUUCGCUUUUCAUUGCCACCCUAAUAUUUGGCAGCGUUAUCCCUCUUCUCAAGGAUUCGUGUGAAGUGAUUCUCCUCAGGAUACCUCCAGAGACCGAGAAAGGGAUAAGCAUUGCUCUUGAAAAGAUUUCUAAUAUCGAUGGCGUGAUUUCCUACCGGGAUCCACAUUUUUGGCGCCAUUCUGCCUCUGUUGUUGCAGGAACAAUACAUGUGCAGGUGAUGUCAGAGGUAGUGGAACAAAGGAUUAUACAGCAGGUGACAUCAGUACUUAAGGAUGCAGGCGUCAGUAACCUCACUGUCCAAGUGGAGAAAGAAGCUUAUUUUCAGCAUAUGUCUGGUCUAAGUACAGGCUUUCAGGAUGUCCUAGACAUGACAAUGCAGAUGGACUCCUCCAAAUAUUAUAAGGAUGGGACCUACAUCAUGUGAAUGAAGACCAGCAUUUCCUCAGUAUUCUUUCUUGUCAAGGGACAAAAAAGACUUGCAUAUAAAUGUAUAGAAAAUAUAUAUAUAUAUGUUCUAAACCUGGAUUUUAUAGAACCUGUUUCGUCUGUCAAGACUGGAUCGGAAUGUUUCUAUAAUCCGAUUAUAAAACUCAGUCUAUUCUUCGCUCAUUUCUUAUGUAAUGGGGGCCUGUAUCCGGUUGUAUAUCAUGUUAAUUCUAGGUAUGGUUAAUCUGUAAACCGGCACCUUUCUCCAUUCCUGAGCUGUUUUGUAUGAUAACUGCCAAGGGACCUGUUUUUCAACAGAAAAGAGAGAAAAAAAAAAAACAGUUGAAAAAAAUGUUUUAAAUAAAUUGCAUUGUUUUAAGGGAA